AUGUCAUCUUCAGUCCCUGGAUCGGUACCGUUACCUCAGUCAAGACAUGACUUGAACACCUACUGGGGUCGUGUGAAGCACUGUGCUGAAAUCUCGGAUCCCACCAUGCUUCUAAAUUCGUCGAAAGAUAUUGAAACUGCCAAAAGAAUGAUUUGGGAUUAUAAGAAUGGAGUUAUUCCAACCAUGACUCCGGAAUUAUGGAGAGCAAAAAGAGUGCUCGAUUCUACUUUGCAUCCAGAUACUGGCGAGACUGUGUUUCUCCCGUUUAGAAUGUCUUCUUGUGUAUUGUCGAAUUUAGUGGUGACUGCUGGUAUGUUAACCCCUAAUCUAGGCACUGCUGGAACAUUGUUUUGGCAAAUUGCCAACCAAAGUUUGAACGUUGCUAUCAACAUUGAAAAUUCCAAUAAAUCUCACCCCUUGACGACAAGAGAAAUCGCUACAAAUUAUACAAUGGCUGUCACGGCUUCGUGUUCAGUUGCCCUAGGAUUAAACUCAAUAGUCCCCAAAUUGAAAAAUAUCAAGCCAAAUACAAGGCUCAUUUUGGGUAGGUUGGUUCCAUUUGCUGCCGUUGUCUCUGCGGGUAUUGCCAAUGUGUUUUUGAUGAGAAGUCAAGAAUUGAAAAAGGGAAUUGUGGUGUAUGACAAGGAAGGCAAAGAAGUGGGGACUUCCAAAAUUGCAGCUUGGUACGCUGUUGGUGAGACCGCGGCAAGUAGAGUGAUCAAUGCAACACCUAUUAUGGUUAUACCGCCCUUGAUAUUGGUAAGAUUGCAAAAAUCUAGACUAUUAAAGGGAAAGUCAAAGACUGUUGAGACGUUGACCAAUAUCGGAUUGAUUUUUGUCACCUCUCUAGCUGUUUUGCCCUUUGCUUUAGCUGUUUUCCCACAACGUGAAACUUUACAUGCCAGCAGGUUAGAAGAAAAAUUCCAUCAUUUGAAGGAUGAAAAGGGAAACCAAAUUACUGAACUAGAGUUCAACAGGGGUAUUUAA